UAUUGGACAGAUGUACGAAGGUGGAGGGUUGGACGAAGUCAUAAGGAGGCUAUGCGGUGCGGCGGUUCGCAGUGAAUGCUGCGAUUUUGAGCGAUGAAGACAUGACUUCUAGUAAUGAAGGGAUUCGCCACACCGGACUUAACAAAACGAAACAUUGUGAAUUUGUGCUGCUACUUACUUUAGCUUUAAUUCAUAUCGCUCACGCUUAUCAACAAUUCCAGACCGGUCUCGCGAUCAAAGAUAUAUUCCCGGAGGAUCCAUCGCAAUAUGAUAAAAUGCGACCACCCAAGAAGGAUGGAAAUCCCACCAUUGUCUACUUUCACGUAACAGUUAUGGGUUUGGAUAGCAUAGAUGAAGGAUCGAUGACUUAUGCGGCUGAUAUAUUUUUUGCGCAAACUUGGAAGGACCAUAGGUUGAGACUUCCGGAAAACAUGACUUCGGAGUAUCGACUGCUCGAGGUAGAUUGGCUGAAAAGCAUGUGGAGACCGGAUUCCUUCUUCAAGAAUGCAAAAUCCGUGACUUUUCAAACGAUGACCAUUCCUAAUCACUACUUAUGGUUAUACAAAGAUAAAACUAUAUUAUAUAUGGUCAAAUUAACGCUGCGACUUUCUUGCGUUAUGAAUUUUAUGAUUUAUCCUCACGAUACUCAAGAAUGUAAAUUACAAAUGGAAAGUCUAUCCCAUACCACAGAUGACAUGAUCUUUCAAUGGGAUCCGGAUGUGCCGUUAGUUGUGGAUGAAAACAUUGAAUUGCCGCAGUUAGCUCUUGUAAAAAAUUACACAGCUGACUGUACUCAGGUCUACUCGACAGGAAACUUUACCUGCCUCGAAGUUAUUUUCGUGCUGAAAAGAAGAUUGGGCUAUUAUCUCUUUCACACCUAUAUCCCCACAUGCCUCAUUGUAAUUAUGUCCUGGGUAUCAUUCUGGAUAAAACCUGAGGCUGCACCGGCUCGAGUCACACUUGGAGUUACAUCUCUUUUAACCCUUUCCACUCAACAUGCGAAAAGUCAGGCAGCCCUCCCACCGGUUUCGUAUCUAAAAGCAGUGGAUGCAUUCAUGUCCACUUGUACAAUAUUCGUAUUCAUGGCGUUGAUGGAGUAUUGUUUGGUGAAUAUCGUGCUAGGUGAUUCGGAUGCACCGAAACCUCCGGCGCCUCCAAAGAAGGAUCCCAUUUUUGAAGUUGCUAAGGAGAACAGCCUCUUGCUGACUGCCGCUAAAAAAGUACCACCAUCGCCGAGUCCAGCGCAAAAAGCUAGAAAUAGGGCUAUCAACAUUGAUCGGUUUUCCCGGGUGUUCUUUCCUUUUCUAUUCGCUUUGCUGAACGUUACUUACUGGAUUCUCUUCGCCGAGUAUAUUUGAAUCUUUAACUCUUUCAUAUGGGUGUUAACUUCAAUCAUAUGCAAUUAUGUAUUGCCUGAAUCUAAAUCAAGAUAUAAAUAAAUCCUUUGUUGCUAUGUAAUAAUUACAUUAGAAUUUGCUUUAAAUAGCAUAGGUAUCUGAUUAUAAUCUUGACUAUAAAUGAGAGAUAGUAUGAAGUACUUUGACGAUUAAAAAAUAAUUAAAUAUAAAUCAAUUUAAAAACCAAUGCUGCAACAUUAAAAUUAGCAAGAUAAUAUAUAUAUUUUCAAAAUAUUAAAAAAAAUAGUAUGUGUGAAAAAUAUUGCUAAGCCAAGCUAUUUUGCUUGGUUUCCGCCAAGGUUUCUGGUAGUUUGUUGUUCAAAGGAUAUAAAUUAUAU